UGAUUGGUUAGAUACGGUCCCACUGAGACGCAUAUAAAGAGCACAGGAGUUGUUUGAGGUGUUUGGAAGCGUUAUUAUUUUUCAUUGAAUCAUCUUGACGGUUGGGGUCUCCAGAAUGAUGAAACCCAGCGUUUUUGUUCUCCUGCUGCUCCUCCUGGAGACGCGCUCAGCUUCCACGUAUGAGAACGUGGCCUUGCGUGGAAAGGCGACCCAGUCAGACCGCUAUGAGCACGCCUUUGGCGCCGCCUCCAGUGCUAUUGAUGGAAACCGUAAUUCUAAAUUCCAUUCUGGAUCCUGCACCCACACUGAUAAAGAGAAGAACCCCUGGUGGAGAGUGGACCUGCUGGAGUCCUACAUCGUCACCUCCGUCAUCGUCAUCAACAGAGAAGACUGCUGCUCCGAAAGGCUCAACGGGGCGGAGAUUCACAUCGGAAACUCUUUAGACGACAACGGUGCCGCAAACCCAAUUGUUGGUACAAUUCCUGAAACUAAUUCAGACAGACAGUUUACUCUGACUUUCACUGAACGUGUGGAGGGACGUUACGUGACUGUUCUUCUACCGGGUUCAGAUAAAUACCUCACCCUCUGCGAAGUGGAAGUCUACGGGUACCGUGCCCCGACUGGAGAGAACCUGGCACUCGGAGGAAAAGCCUCCCAGUCGUCACUGUAUGAAUUCGGCACGGCUUCUAACGCCAUCGAUGGGAAUCCUAACAGCAGGUGGGAGGACGGCUCCUGCAGCCACACCAACAACAACAUCAACCCCUGGUGGCGACUGGAUCUGCGCACAACCCACAAAGUGUUUUCCGUAAAGAUAGCAAACCGAGAGGAAGUCUCCCACCGACUCGAUGGAGCCGAGAUCCGCAUCGGAGAUUCCAUCGCAAACUUCGGCAACAACAACACCAGGUGUGCUGUGAUCACCAGUAUCCCAUCAGGUGGAGUCGCUGAGUUCCAGUGCAAUGGGAUGGACGGUCGUUACGUCAACGUGGUCAUCCCAAGAGAAGAGUUUCUGAGUCUGUGUGAGGUGGAGGUGUACGGCUCUCCCCUGGAUUAAGGAGGAAGUGCUUCAUAAUACAAGCCGAUAAUCAAAAAGCACUACUUUUGUAACAGUGAUUCCAUUGUGAUUUGUUUUCUUAAUCUCACUACGUGUUGCAUAUGUUUUCAUUUGUAAGGCUGUGAGUUGUCUUUUUUAAUACCAAACCUUUGGUGUGCUGUCACUACCUGCUGCAGGAUAUACUGAAAUGCAAUUAAAUCUUAAACGGAG